AGUUGUGUGGCUUUAUUCAAGCUUUCUUUUAAAGUCCUGAAACAUGAGAUUGAUUCCCCUCACAUUUUCUUCAUAAUUCAGCUUUAUGAAAUGCUGGGGCGGGGAGCCAACUGCCUGAAGUGAGUUAAACAAAGCUGUAGCACUCGCAGUGGAGUACAACACACUGAUCUCCAAAGGGAACAAGGGCUCUGUGUUGUGAGGUCGAAAAUGCGCCAGACUCUAUAGCGCCGUGGAACUGUGUGUUCCACUUCCCUGGAGCUGCGUAAAGGUGCGUUAAAUGGUGCUCGGGGACUCACAAAAAGGAAUACAUGGAGAAAGAUGUGGGUAUUUGCGCUCUGUUCUCGGCUGAGUGCGAUUUCAGUGGAAGUAUUAGCUGGAAAGGGAGGCUUCCUGUAACCGUAUCGCACAGAUAAAUGGGAAAACGAGAAGGAGGGGGACGCAUAUAACUGGUCGCUCAAGUCAUUUGGACUUUGCGGAGUGCCAGUGGUGCGUCAUAUUUUUAUCGCCAGAGGCACGGCGGAGUAACCCACGAGGGAAAGGUCACCACGUCUGCGAGACAGAAUAAAAAGUGAGCGUAACUUCACGGAGAUUAAACUGCCACUCCAGCGAGGACGCACGCGGGACUUGGAUCGUUGAGCUGUUCUUCCACACUCUCCUCACUGACGCAGACAGGGGAUGAACACGGGUGCUCGCGGACACCUCAUAUGACUUAAGAAGCUCCAUUGGUUUUGUCCGACACGAGAACAGACUUUGAGACGACAUACUUGGGACUGGACAGACGCAGGAAAAUAACCAAAGUUGCGCACAUUUUUUUCCACCAUCCUUAUCCCUGUUGGACGCACGGGACUUUAUUAAGUAUUAUAUUUAAGGAAUCUAUAUAAAAGAUCCGCAGGUGUCCUGUUCACUUUUACCACAGUCGCUGGAUCAGGAGUUCGGCCUUUAUUCCGUCUUCUUUUUCAUUUCCCCACUCCACGGGAGCUAUGAACGGACUGCGCAAGCAUUUCACCGUGGGACUGGUACUAAUAAUGUGCACGCUUACCAGCCACUGUAGCCGGAGCGCGCCCUCGGUGGCACCGGCGUCGGCAGCGACCGGCAGGGACGCGCAGCGGGGCUUCAAGCGGAUCGUGGAGAUCAUGAGACACGUAGAGGAGAGCCGGAGUCAGAGCGCGGAAACGGAAUCGCAAGUGCAGAUAUCUUCGAUGGAACCAAACGAUUUACGCAACUUGAAAACGGACAGAAGAGCUCCGACUCCCGUCAUUUACUCUAAAGAUCAUAGAAAGAAGGAGUUCUUAAAACAUAUAACAGGUCCACUCUCCUUCAGCCCUAAGUGCAGGAAGCAAGUGUACAGACUCUACCAUCACACCAGAGACUGCACGAUACCUGCAUACUUUAAAAGAUGUGCACGGCUUCUCACACGGCUAGCUGGCAGCCUGCAGUGCACAGAAGGGUAGCGGACACAAGGAGGAAGCCAAACACCAGUUCUCAAAAAGAAGAAGGAAAAAAAAAAAAGUGCCUUGGACACUAAGAGGGAAGCCUAAAGUACUCUGAUCAUUCCCAACUGAUAUUAUGCACAGUAUUGUCAUCCAGUGAGCUCUCUUGUGCUAAGGCGUGGAUUACUGCCACCCACUGCUCUGGCUGGCCUCCACGGUUAGCUGUCACCGCGAGGGAUCAAACAAGCAAAAGAAAAAAGAAAAAAAAGUGAUCAAAGAUAAAGAAACUGAAGAGUGAAGAAGAAAACAAGGAGGCCAAAAGAAACAAACAUGGAGACGUUUUGUUUUAUCCUGCUGGCAUCCAAAAGAUGUUAAAAAAAGAAAGGGAUUGCAGAUGUGUUUUAUGUUGUUCAUUUCUUUUUGAGGAAAAGAGCAAAUAUCAAAUGUACUAUUUUCAGUAUGAUUCACCUUCUGCGAUUGGUUUACUCUAUUCGAGUUGAGCCCAAACUUUUUACUACUGCACUACUUAACGACACUGACAAAAAAAAAAGGUCUCACAGAGCCCCCGUGGGCAGACACGGUGCUGUGAUUGAAUUGUUAGUUGCACGAUUAUUUCUCUGCGUCUUUGUGAGACAUGUUGAAGAAUAAGUGGCAGUUGUAAGUCACAGCCCUCCUGAGGAUCUUAGAAUGAGGUACAGUCUCUAUUUAUUCAUUUUUAAGUGUCUCACUGCACACAGUGUCGGCCAUGACCAGUUAAACCAGGAGAAACAUGUACAAUAACUGUAAAGCAAACCAUAAGAGGACUCCACCUAACUACCAUAAAUCAAAGUGACUGGCAUUUAUCAAAUGGGUGUUGACUACAUUAAUACAGUAUAUAC